AAGUAGUUCCAAAUCUAUAGCAAAUGUUGUAAACACUCUUAUCGUUACAGAGCAGAGAACCUUCUGCCUAAUCAAAGAGAGUGGGAUCUUCCUAUCUUUGGCAAAAAUCCUGAAAAGCAAUCCACGAUGUGCAGUAAAAGCAGCCCAGGUGCUUUCAGAGAUAGCUAAGAAUGAUGAAAUGAAGAAACCGUGUAUUGAAGCAGAUUUGGUUCUGACCUUGAUACCUUUCCUGGAAAGCACAGACCAAGAAAUGUUGCUUCAUGCUGGGAGGGCUAUUGGUCGUAUCUGUUACGAUAAUCGUGAUCUUCAGGAAGAGCUGGUGAAGGUAGGAGUCAUCCCAUCAUUGGUCCGAAUAUUGACUGAUCAUGCAGAGAGUGAACCACUUGUCCACGUUGACCUAUUGGCCUUAUGCAACCUUGCAGACCUUGAUACAGCUAAGGAAGCUCUAAGCAAGACAAAGGUUGCUGAACAGCUGGUGAAACAACUGAGAAGAGCAGAGAACCAUGAGAGGUUAGAAAUCAUCUUCGAGGUCCUUCAAGCACUUGCAGAAAACGAUGCUCUGAAAGUUCAGCUGGUGGAAGCAGGUGUGCAAGAAGUCCUGUCUGACAUCCUGCUGAGGCUCCAGGGCAGUUCACAAGCUGAGGACACAUGUAUUGUGAAGGCCACAUCCGAUCUCAUCGUCUCUCUGCUUCUUGGAGAUGGCAACUGUGUACGAAUGGUACAGGUGGGAGUCAUACACCAGCUUCUAGAUCUUUUGGAAAAACACGUGGAGAGUGAAGACAUCUCUGUUCAACAUGCAGCACUCAGUGCACUUCGAAACCUUGCUGUCCCAGUUGUUAACAAGGUUCAAAUGCUGGAGGAAGGUGUGGCAGAACGGAUUCAGGCACUUCUACGGUCAGAGACGCCUCCUGCACAGUUUAAACUUCUUGGAACACUACGAAUGUUAGCAGAUGGCCAAGCUGACGCGGCUGAAAUUUUGGGCCAAGACCCCAUGCUGCUGAACAGACUGGUGCAGUGGUGCAAUGCCAGUGACGACACCGACGUCUGUGGAGAAGCAAAUCGGCUCCUAGCAUCCAUCUUGCGUCACAACAGAUCCCAAGAAGUGGUCAAAGCAGUGCAGGAGGCACAAGGAGUGAAGCACCUGGUUUCCAUGACCAUGAGCAAACAUGCUGCCAUGCAGAACGAGGCUCUGAAUGCCCUGGCAAUAGCAUCUGCUAUUGAUUUAGAAACCCUUGUAGAAUCUUUCAAGGAAUCACAGCUAGUACAAAGCUUACACAAACUUCUACAAGACGAUAAUACAAGUGCCGAGGUGAAAUACAAUUCAAUGAGUCUUCUGUGCAGUCUUCUUAAUUCAGGCCAUCUGAGACAAGAAAUAGAAGACAACAAGAUAAAAGAAACGCUCGAACAGCUCUGCAGUCACAGCAAUGCAGAAGUGGUCAAGGAAGCUCUUGUAACAUUGCAGAUUUUGAAAGGAGACUCACUCUACUAGCCCACCUCCUCUACAGAGCAGUCCUGAGCAGUUCCUCUACUGUUGCUGUUACUGAAGCAAAUGUGAUAAUAUGCCAGCUCUGCCAAUGCCACUUUGCAUUUGUCAUGCUGCUGCACCGAUGCUAUUAAAGACCAGGUACAACCCCUGCUUUUGAAACUGUACAUAAAAUGAUUUGGCCACAGAUAUCUUUAUUACUGCUGUUCUUCACCAACACAUGCAGUAGGAAUAAAUUCUGUCAAGCAAGAGUGUUUGUAUACAUUAUGUGAGAACCAACAGAUAAUUACCACCUUUGUAAUAUAAGUUGUGUCAUAUCCUGAAAUCAGAGUAACACAAUUUUUACUUUAGUGUUUCAAAACCAUUGUAAUUUGAAAAUUAUUAUAAAAAUCCAAAGCUUGGUUCACGCAACCCAAAACAAUUAGGAUUUAGUUUAGAUGUUAGCCACUGAUUAAACAAAGCAAUGGGUUAAUUGGUACCAAUUCAGUCCCUGCACGUUGUGAACCUAACUGCGUACCCUGCUGUUAACUGCAAAUCUCA